AAUGGCACUGAGAGAGGCGAGUCAUGAACUUAAUGAAAGGGAUGAAGAGAAAAUUAUAAAUUAUAAUUAUAAUUUAAUGACUGAAAAAAAAAAAAAGAGAGAGAAAAUCAACAAAGAGAAAAAUCAACAAAGUUUUCCUUACAAAAAGGAGCUCAAAAUACUGGAACUAAAAGUUAUUUCACAUGCCAACAGUGUGGAAAGACUUUUGAUCAACAUAGAAACUUUCAAGUCCACUUGAGAGUUCACACUAGAGAGAGUCCCUUCACUUGCCAACAGUGUGGAAAGAGUUUCACACAUAAAAAUCACCUUAAAGUUCACAUGAGAAUUCAUACUGGAGAAAAGCCUCACACCUGCAAACAGUGUGGAAAGAGUUUCAGUCAAAAAGGAAGCCUUGAAAUCCACAUGAGAAUUCACACUGGAGAAAAGCCUUAUACCUGUCAAGAGUGUGGACAGAGUUUCAAUAGAAAUGAAAACCUUAAAGUCCACAUGAGAAUUCACACUGGAGAAAAACCUUUCACCUGCCAACAGUGUGGAAAUGGUUUCCGUGAAAAAGGAAACCUUACAGCCCACAUGAGAACUCACACUGGAGAAAAACCUUUCACCUGCCAACAGUGUGGAAAGAGUUUCAUUAGAAAUGAAAACCUUAAAGUCCACAUGAGAAUUCACACUGGAGAAAAGCCUUAUACCUGUCAAGAGUGUGGACAGAGUUUCAAUAGAAAUGAAAACCUUAAAGUCCACAUGAGAAUUCACACUGGAGAAAAACCUUUCACCUGCCAACAGUGUGGAAAUGGUUUCCGUGAAAAAGGAAACCUUACAGCCCACAUGAGAACUCACACUGGAGAAAAGCCUUACACCUGCACUCUGUGCGGGAAUGGCUUCACAGAGGAACGAAUCCUCAUGCAACACAUGAGAAUUCACACUAGAGAGAGCCCAUUCACCUGCCAACAAUGUGGAAAGAGUUUCAUCAGAAAUGAAAACCUUAAAGUCCACAUGAGAAUUCACACUGGAGAAAAGCCUUACACCUGCCAACUGUGUGGAAAGAGUUUUAAUGAGACAAGAAACCUUAAAAUCCACAUGAGAAUUCACACUGGAGAGAAACCUUUCACCUGCCAGCAAUGUGGAAAGAGUUUCAGUCAAAAACGACACCUUAUAGACCACAUGAGAGUUCACACUGGAGAAAAGCCUUACACCUGCCAACAAUGUGGAAAGAGUUUCAUUAGAAAUGAAAACCUUAAAGUCCACAUGAGAACUCACACUAGAGAAAAACCUCAUACCUGUCAAGAGUGUGGAAAGAGUUUCAGUCAAAGAGGACACCUUAUAGCCCACAUGAGAACGCACAGUGGAGAAAAGCCUUAAGCUUUGAUUCAUUAUUUUCUAAAAUCAAAAUAAAAUUGAACAGCUCAAUAUUGUAAUAAAUCAAGGUCAACAUAACAGCCUCUUAAAUGUUAAAAGCGUGAAACGCUCACAGUUCAAAAAGCUUACGCUAUGUCCUAUGCCUUCUCUAUAAGUUGUUUGCACAUGACGUCAGUGCUGCACGCGAAAUGCGGCAGGUGGGCAAGGAGUGAUUUUACUAUAUAGGAAUCAAAAUUCCUAUUUUUUGCAUUGUUAUAGUUGCUCAAAUCUAUCAAACCGAGAAACCACAAUGAGCUUUUACCAUUUAUGUAACUUGUAUAGUUUUUUUUUUUUUUUUUUUUUUUACUUUUUAAAAUAUAAUUUUGUGUCUGCUGAUACUGAAAUGAAUAUGGAACCUGCUUACUUCAUUUUUUUACUUGGUUAAAUAUUAACAUUCUUCAUGGUAUCGUUUGCAGGGAAGAGAAGAUAUUUUAUCCCAUUGAAUGAUUAUUUAGUGUUUUCACUUCAGUUUUGUUGAAUUCAAUUUACAAUGUUGAUCUGGUUACCAUGAGAACUG